AUGGCUCUCUCACCCAACCCCGUCGCCGCGGCCGCAGCCGAAUCGGCCACCGCGGCACCCACCGCAGACAAGCUCACCAAGGCCAAGGACAACGAUGCUGCCGCUGCCGCUGCUGACGACGCAGAUGCUGACGCCGUCGCCGAGGAGCUCGACGGCACCGGCCCUGAAGCCGAAGCCGCUCGUAAGGAUCGCAAGCGCGAGAAGAAGGAGCGCAAGGAACGCGAACGUCGCGAACGCGAGCAGGCAGAGAAGGACGCUGCCACCGUAGCCGCCGCCUCGGCCGCUCAGGCCGUCUCCGCCGUCGCCUCGGCCAAUCGCCUCCCCAUCGACCCUUCUCUCGAUGGCUCCGCCGACACCUCGGCCCAGGUGGUCGAGAGUCUCGCCGUCGCCGACGCUGCCCCAGCCCAAGCCCCCGCCGCCCCAGCCGCCGCUGCUGCCACUGCUGCUCCUGCCGACGCUACCGCCGCGCCCGCCGCCCCUGCCGCCCCCACGGCCGAACAGCCGGGCAAGCGCAAGCGCGGUCGCCCCAAGAAGGACGGCUCCACCCCCUCGGCCGCCAAAAAGACCAAGCGCGAGGCGGGCGAAAACGGAGAGCGUCGCGGUCGCCGCCCCAAGAUGUCCGAGGAGGCAGCGCUGGAGGAGCUCCGAGGUCUACCUCCGCGCGAGCUCCUCGUCGAGCGCGUCUACUCGUCCGACAUGCUCGCCAAGCUCGAGAGGACCAUCGGCCUCAAGUACAAGAAGGGCCGAUUCACAAAGGAGGAGCAGGACACCAUCAAGAACGGCAUCGCCGAAUUCAUGAAGCUGAAAAACCUCUCGGAGGACGACUUCCAGGAGCUCCUCUACAACUACCGCGACCGCGGCUGGGAAAAGAUGUACACCGAGCUCUGGAAGGACCUCGCCGGUCGCCUCGACGGCAGGCCCAACAUCGCCGUCCGCCUCCACGUCCGCACCAACAAGUCGCAGUUCCGCAGGCAGGGCCGCUACACGCUCGCCGAAGACUACGAGAUCCGUCGCCGCAUGGGCGAGCUGCGCGAGGACGCCGCCAGCGUCGCAAAGCGCCUCGGCCGCCUCAACCAGGACGUGCUCUCGCGCUUCGUCAAGCUCCAGGUCAAGGACGAGAUGGCCGAGGGCCCCACCUGGACGGGCGAGGAGGACAAGGCGGUGCUCGCCGCGCUCGAGCAGUACAAGAAGGAGCAUCCGGGCGAGGUCAUCUCGUGGAAGGCCAUCGCCACCAUGAUGGGCAACAAGCGCUCCUACAAGGUCUACUCGAACCUCUUUUCCAACAUCCGCUCGCGCGUCGACCGCUCCGGCACCAGCCCGCGCCGCGACUACGGCACCACCGGCGAAGGCGACGAGGCCGAGGCGUCGCAGCACGCCGUGCGCGGCAACAACCGCCACCCCACGCGCGCCGAGCUCGACAACAGCGUCUGGAUCCCCGGCGAGGACGACCUGAUCCUGCUGCAGCGCCUCAACUUCCAAGACACGUUUACGCAGGACACGGUGCGCUGGGCCGACCUGUCGUUCGAGACGUGGCAGUGGCCGAGCGACACGCUCAAGCAGCAGUUUGAGCAGAUCAAGUCGCGCUACCUCCCCGACGCCUGGCAGGGCCAGUGGCAGGAGACGCUCGACAAGAUCAUCCGCACCAUCCGCACGCGUCGCACCAAGAAGGAGAUCGACGACGAGGGCGAGGACUCGCGCACCAACCUCGAUGACAAGUCGCAGCAGCAGCAGCAGCAGCAGCAGCCGGCACAGGCACAGGCCGAGAGCAGCACCGCCGCCGCGCAGGCGACUGACAAGGCUGCUGUGGCCGCCGUCGAGGGAGCCACGGAGGCGGCAGCGCCGGCGGCGGCAACUGAUGCAGCCCCAGCCCCAGCCGCAGCUGAAGUCAUUGAUCCGGCGCUGGAUGGCCAGACCGAGACUGCUGCUACCGAGGCGCCCGAUGCUGCCCCGGUCUCGUAG